UGUGCUUCCGGUUCUCGACGGUAGAACUUCCGGUGUCCAGUAUAGCGAUUCUUUCCUACCAGCCGGUCCAGCAUGGGACGAGUGAGGACUAAAACAGUGAAGAAGGCUGCCCGGGUCAUCAUUGAGAAGUACUACACCCGUCUGGGCAAUGACUUCCAUACCAACAAGAGAGUGUGUGAGGAGAUAGCCAUCAUCCCCAGCAAGAAGCUUCGCAACAAGAUAGCUGGGUAUGUCACCCAUCUGAUGAAGCGCAUUCAGAGGGGCCCUGUGCGAGGCAUCUCCAUCAAGCUGCAGGAGGAGGAGAGAGAGCGCAGGGACAACUACGUUCCUGAGGUGUCUGCAUUGGACCAGGAAAUUAUUGAAGUGGAUCCUGACACCAAGGAAAUGCUGAAGUUACUGGACUUUGGUAGCUUGUCAAACUUGCAGGUCACACAGCCUACCGUUGGAAUGAACUUCAGAACACCUCGAGGAGUUUAAAUAAUUGUAAUAUAUUCUACUCUAAUAAAGAGCGCAAAAGAGA